AUGCCUCGUCACCCAAUCGCCCUCUCACUCUCCGCGCCUUACCCAGCCCUUCCUACCCAAGCUGGCCCAACUCCAUCACCGCUUUUGGAGCUGAUCACGUCGACGCUCGGAAAUAGCGACUACGACCAGAUAUGUCUUCCAUUGACCAAUGGAAAAUGGCAAGAGAGAUGGGAGAGGCUAUGCCUUAGACCAAUGGACGAGGACGAAGCGAGUGUCAUAGCUGCUGGAGGGUCCAAUGGAGCAGCGGCAGCUCGAGCUAGAGAAGCUCUCGAUAAAGAAGCUGAUAUUUGGCGUAAGGAGGGUGGAUUGAGAAGGGACGAGGUGGUCAUCAGUCGGCUUGAAGAGACUCAACAUGUCAUUGCGUUGGCUUCUGAAUGGUUGGAAUUGGAUAGCAUGGAUGAGGGUAUCCGAUUCGAUUCAGAGUUGGCUCUUCGCUCAGAGAUGGCGUACGCACUGUACCUUGCCGUACCGACCCUGGUCAUUCCCGCUCCGUCCCUCGCCAACCGAUCUCAACUACCUGCUUACGCACGAGCCAUUGCUGGGUUGCUCCAGAUGGGGGGGACGACGGCGUUCACUCAAAUCUCCAUUCGUAUACCUAUCAGCGAUCCUACCGAGCUCAUCAAUCACGGUCCAAAUCCCGGGUCAACCUCAACGAGUCCGUCUGCUAAUCUCUUUUCUCCGUCGAAUUCGUCACAGGCAGAACAACUUAAUAACAGUCAUAAACGACUGUCUUCGCUCUCCACGAGACCAUCCUCCAUCAUUGGUCACGGAUCUCUAGGUAUAACUCCGGGUUCCAUCUCUGGAAUGGCCGUAUCAGCUUCCGGUGCAAGGAUCCCCAGCGCGUCUAGUGCCAUGAGCGGUGUCUCAAGUUCAUUGUCCAUCAAAUCGACCACGACUGUUGCUCCAGGUGCAAGUGGAGAUCCCAGCUCAACCUGGGAAAUGUGGGAGUGCAUCAGGAGAAUGUGCGGGUACAACAAUCGAUUGACAGUCACUUUGGAUUUGACCAACCCUCUGCCGCCUUCCGCUGGAGCGCUAGCUCGGUGGAUAUCAGAACCCGUCAAACAGGUCUGGCUACCAGCUUCAUCCUUCAUCCCAAACGCCAAAGGCUACCCUGUCUUGAGCAAGGCGUGUCAAGCAUUUCUGAGAGGUAUCUCGAAGCUGGGCCCAACCUAUAUCUUAGCCAACACUCAGCCCACGAAACAUCAGUCAGGUGGACCAAACGCCUACCUUCAAUACGUUCGACAUGUUACGUCUACGGCUGGUCCUGCGAAUGCCAACUCAGGUACUGCAGCAGCAGCCAAUAUCCCCGAUAGCGGACCGAGCGAGUUCACAGUGGGCUACGGGGACUUCCUUCAAGCGCCGCUACAGCCUCUUAAGGAUGAUCUCGGCAGUGCAACGUAUGAGAUCUUUGAGCGUGAUCCAGUAAAGUACAGGCAAUACGAAGAGGCCAUCUAUCUCGCCCUGUCCGAUCUACCACAAUCAUCCACCCAUGUCGUAACUGUCGUCGGAGCCGGCAGAGGGCCAUUGGUGACCUGCGUUCUGAGCGCACUGCAACGAUCAGGUCGAAAAGCGAGAGUCUAUGCCGUAGAGAAAAAUCUGAGCGCUUUAGUGACUCUUGAGGAAAGAAAAGCGUUAGAAUGGCGCGAUGCGGUACAGGUCAUCCGAGGUGACAUGCGCUCGGUCGCCGUUCCGGAACCAGCAGAUAUCAUCGUCUCAGAACUGCUUGGCAGCUUUGGAGACAAUGAGCUGAGUCCAGAAUGUCUAGAUGGAGCGUUGAGAUUCUUGAAGCCCCAAGGCAUCUCCAUUCCGAUCUCGUACACCGCUCAUCUGGCUCCGGUGUCCUCAUCAAGACUGCAUUCCGAGGUGCUCGCCGCAAAGUCGCCAGGAGCCUCAGAGACCCCAUACGUCGUCAUGAUGCAGGCCGUGAAUGUUUUGUCUGGUGAUGGUGGAGGCGCAAGUGGUCGAUGUGGCGAUCGGAUUCAACAGUGUUGGCUCUUUGAGCAUCCCAGGAGGGAUCUAGUACUGAAUGCGGACGGCACACCACUGACCAAUUCUCACAACACUCGCUCUGCCAAUCUUCUCUUCCACAUCCCCUUUGCAGGCAACCUUCACGGUCUCGCAGGGUACUUUGAAGCCCACCUCUACUCCAAUAUUGGCCUGUCAAUCCAUCCCGAAAAUGCACACCGUGUCUCACCCGACAUGUUCUCCUGGUUCCCUCUGUUUUUCCCAUUUAAAGAACCUCUCUACUUGCCUUCUGGAUCAGAGCUGGAAGUCGGCAUCUGGAGACUAUGGGACGGUUUGAAAGACAAAGUCUGGUACGAGUGGAGUGCCGAAUCGUACCUUCCUCUCAUCGGUUCUGGUGGACCUACUCCCUCCUCCGCCUCGGGUCAACCUAGCGAAAGGCUCAUCAAUGGUCAAAGGAUAACGAGUACAGGUGGUCCUAGUACGCCGAACCUUGGAUCUGGAACUAUCGCUAGUCCGAUGAUGGAUGCUCCUUUCUCGCCAGGUACGAAUCAGAACGGAUCAAGAGAUGCUGGAUCGUCAGCAAUGAUGAGAGUCAAGAUUGGACAAACUAGUCUACACAAUGCGGGUGGAGUUCACUCAUGGGUAGGACUGUAA